GAGACGUCUAGCGUGCUGCGCUCUGAGCCACACAGGUUAGUCGAAUUUUACGCGCACUACCGAUUGGACGUAGCUUUACCAGCAAAACAUUUCUCUAGAAACGUGGAGCUAUUUCGAAGGAUCGAUUACUACUUCAGAGUGGAACAACGACGGCGGUGUUUGUCAAAUUAGUUUCGGUGAAUGUAACACGUCCGCACGUUGAAGAGCCCGCGCUGUUGAUUCGGCCCGUUGAUGAUUGAUGAUUGGAAAAUUGGAAAAUUAAGUCGAGUGUGAUCUUGUUGUGAACCGAUUCGAGCAGCGUGCUAUAAGUGGAGAGAGAAACCAUUUAGGAGGCUUUUUACACUAGAUUCUCUAGCAGCAAAAGUGGUGAAUGUCGUUUUUUCCUUAAUAUUUCGAUGAUCUUGACGAUUCGAGGGUUGUGAUUUCCCAAAUUUUUCGGUGCUCGGAACAAAGAAGCUGUGCUUGAUUGAUCUCGAUUUUGUAGCAUCGAAACUUGUGCCGUCGGUUGUGAAUGGCGGUUGGUGUAAGAAGAAAUCGACCGAAAUAAUAAUAAUCGAGAAGAGUGCUAUCAAUUCGAAGAAGGCGGUCCGAAGAAGUGAGAAAGAUUGCAUUCCGGUGACCCUGAAGAAAGCGAAAGGGAAGAAGUUUGCGCUUGCAAGAAAUUCAAGAGAUUGGAAAACCGCAUACUAAGCAGACGAAUAGUGAGGAGUAUGCACUAAAAGAUACGGAGGUGCAUCCGGUUGGUGGUUCAAAUUGAUUGGAGACAGGCAAGGUCUUUCGUCGUUGCAUUUUGGCAACAUCCAACCGUCCCACCGUUCGGGGCCCCGUGGGCCGCAGUGCUAACCAUCCGAUGAGAUGAGGUGGAGCAAACUACUCAUAACGGCCGCGUUGUCGUUAUUUGUGAUUUUCGGAUUAAUCGAUGCCAUUAACGCCCAGCGACGUGGUUCGGUCCGAUACGACCGGCAGCAUUCUCACUCAUCAUCAUCACCAUCAUGGCUAGACGACACGGUUCUACAGGAAAGUGAAGAACAGUUUAGCAGUUCCCCGAGGCGACGUAUUCCGACGUCUCAAGCUGCGGAACGGUCAACCAGGACCAUCGCGGGCCGAAGCCGCAGUAGACCGACUAAGGCCCAGCCCAACGUUCAGAGCCGAUCGCUGGAGACAAGCAGCGAAGAGCAGUACGGAUCUCGUCGAACUACCAAAGAGCAGUAUGCUCCUAGUUUGCGAAGCGAAGUGGUCUAUCAGAACGAUUUUUCUCGGCGUUCAGAUAAGGGAUCGGAAGAGACGGUUCAGAGCAGGAGGAAGUCUCGCCUGAGGGGUUAUAAGAAUGAUGUCCAGGAUGUUAGUAGCAGCACGAGUACCACUACGGUGGCUAGUGCAAGAGCAGGUCGGAAACUCGGUAAUAGGCUUGGAGGUGGCAGCAGCAGGUUUUCGAAUGAAGUUGAAGAGGUUCUACCCAGUACGUCAGCAAGAUCUGUCGAGAGUCGAUCCAGGGGUAAGGUGAAAGCUGCAUCCAAGGAACGGAUGGAAGAUGUAGCGUCCGACGAAAACUAUCCUGAAGAGUUCAAGAAGCUGUUGAAGGCAAAACUUCAAGAGAAUAAGGUGAAGGGCGCCAACAAGUUGGAUGCAUCUACGGAAAAAGGUCUGAAUGAAAAAUAUGAGGUUCCACGGUUCAAGGUGAAGGUGCUAAGUACGACAACAGAGGGACCGUCGACUACCGUCAAAGUGAUCACUCCUCGUCCGGUGAGGACUUUUUCAACGUCAUCGACCGAAGAGACAAGCACGAAGGCAAGGGCCGUCACGUCUAGAGGUAGGACGGCUAGUACGACUUCGUUAACGCCACGAUCUUCGAAGAGGGCGACUACACCGAGACCUAAACCUUCAUCGUCCUCUACGACUUCAGAAUCCCCAACUACCACAGCAGCAACUACUCCCAGAUCAGCGAGAGGGUAUUCUCGAAGACCUAGCCUUGUGAGUCAGUUAACAUCGACAACUACCACUUCAACGUCCACUCGCAAGCCAUAUAUUCCGACAACCAGAAGUUUGGCAUCCAGCAAAAGAUCAUUCUCGACAACCUCAGCUCCCGUUGUUUCGAAAGAAUCGUUAGAAUCUGGACCAAAACGUGUACCCAGUGAUAAUAGUUUCGUGAUUUCAUCCCUCCGCAACCCUAGUGGAUUCCGAUCUUCUUCAUCGCAGAGGAAAAAUCGUAAACCAUCAACUACGGCCGAGUUGAACAACGAUCUCCAACCGGUCGUAAUUCCCACCCGUUCCAAGGUAGCUACACCAUUGAAUACGCCGAAACGCCCGCAGUCGUCGUCGUCGUCCGGUUCUCGAGUGCCGAACCGCUUCGAUUCCAAUUUCAAGAAGACCCCAGUUUACACCCCGACCAUUCCCAGCUUCAAGGCGACACCACCGACGCCGGCAAAGGUCAGACUUGAAGGCCACUCUUUGCUAACGACUGCUAACGCUUCCACCGCCUACACCACCAAAACCAUCACCACCACCAACACCGCUGCCAACGGCACCUUCCACCACUCUUCCAGUGCGGCAGCACUUGCUAACGAAAUCGAUGUCGACGCCGACGAGGGUGAAGAAGAAGAUGAAGAAAUCAUCUUGGGAGAAGGAAGAGGAGGAGGGUUGCUGCUCGACCGUAGCCAUCCUAGUAGACAGAUGAUGGUUUCCUCGGACGAGAAUGGCAAUGAGAGUGGAAGCGAGCGCGAGGUGGAACCGGUGGCCGCCGGGCUGACCCAGAGUCGUAUCGAUGUCGACACGCCGAACCACGUACCCUCGGUGACCGUGUCGAUCUUUAGUGCCCUCUCGGAGAUCCUCUCGCAGCCAACAGAAAGUUUAUCUUUUUUGUCUUCUAGCACCGAUGCACCGGCACCUCCCUCUUCUUCUAGCACUACGACGACAACUACUACGACCACCACCACCACUACCACCACUACUACCACCACCACCACUACGCCCAAGCCAAGCACGUUGCGAAAGCCUUCGGCCAAGGUACCGGAAGUUGGUAGCACCUCUGCUAUGCCUAUCGCACUGGGCACAGCAUCUGUAUAUACUAGUGACCCAAUCGAUACUACCACUAUUGUAAAUAAUACUCCUACAGAGGGGACCACUAGCGUCUGGCCCACUACGGCGGUGGUGGACAGCGUACGCCCCGAAUCAAGCAUGUUAUCCGAAACGGGUGAACUCAUUAACAACAAUGAUCUAGAAAGUGUUUUCCGACCAAGAUUCCUGGAAUCCGAAGAAGUCGAAGUCCCGAUCCCAACCUCCACCGAACGCUCCAUAGCCGUCAGUGCUAGCGAUCCUUUUUUGAACGACCUAUUUCCUUUCUCUCAGACCCCAAGAUCCCCAGAAACAACCACUACUCCUACUACGGUCACUGCUCAGGAACCUACAACUACCAUGACCACUGCCGUUACCGAGAGCAUGCUAACGAAGUCGCUCACUAACAUGCCACUAACCGAAAGCGCUGAUCCCUCGACCUAUCCAACAACGACUCCUCCGGUCCCAACGACCGUAACAGCGGCUACGACGUUCGCCUUGGACGUUCGCAAUAGCAAUUCGGGAGCACAGCAUGCGCCAUCUACCACGCCCAGCGAGCUAGAAAACACUUUCAUGCCUAGCACUGCUACUCCUAGUUCCAUUGAUACCACCACCUCCAUGAUCACCACCACUACAACCGCCUUCGCCACCAUCACCAACAACAUCAACUACAACAACAGUAGUGCUAUGCUUACAAACUUACCGCCUACGGAAAGUGUCUCGGAAUCGCUCGCUUACACUAACGUUACUAAAUCACCACCACUGACUCACACCGAACUACCGACGAGUACUAUUACAACGACCGCCGAGCCACCAACGACAACCACGGAGUCGGACCCGACAACCAUCACCACGAUCGUGACAUCGGCCCCAAUGACCAGUUCCACCACCACCACCACCAGCACCUCUAGCACCACCACCAGCACCAGUGCACCGUCUCUGGCCACAAGCACCUCCCGCACCACCGAACUAACCACGCCGAAACCCAGAUCGCGUGGAAUCGUAGUCUACGGUAUCCUCCCGAACAAUACAGUUAUCCGGCGAAUCAUCGGAGGUGACGACGAUGAGCCAUCCACGACUACCGAGAACGCUCGAAUUGUCUACGGCAUCUACGCAAACGGAACCAUCGUCCGUCGGUACCCGAAUGGCACGAUCGUUCCAGAUCGUCCUCGCCAGCGGGGGCGCGUCGAAAUCACCGAUAUCGAUCCCCGGCAACUACGGGACCCCAACAGUGCAAUCUACCGAGAAUCUUCCACCAGCACUACAACCACCACCACUGCAUCCCCAACUAGUACCACUACUACCACUUCCAUUCCGAAAGAAGCUACGGGCACUACAGCAAUCAUUGAGCUAUUGAGAAAGUACAACGAUGAAAAGCAGCUGGAAACCAAGGUCAAGUCGGACAAUGUAUUCAGCCUGGCGAUGAGUCGGUCGAAGGGUGCCGGCUCGAAGAAGUCCGAUGGACCGACAAAGAUUUCACUGGAUAUAGACUUUACGACGACGAAACCUUCGGAAGAAGUUCGUAUCAAUCGGCCGAACGCUCCGGAUUUGAUCUACCGGUGGAGACCGACGUCAGAGAGUGAGGAAACUAUCGCUGUAGUCUCGAGUACGGAGGACAUAGCUAUCGCUGACAAUACAGUUCCCGAUAAUAUUGUCGAGUUCAAAAGUGUACCAAUGCUGAGUACGGAGUCGUCGUUGGAACGUAUAGUUUCUACGUCGCAGCCUGAUUUAUCCACCCAAAUUCCCAGUGACGUUGAUCUGCGCAUCUCUUCUGAUUCGAACGCAAACGAUCAGUCAAUCGCAACAAAGACGGAAGUUUCAGAACUUAACAAUUUCAUAACUUCUACGUUACUUCCUGUCACUGAAAAGCCUACGACGACUAGUACGGAGCGCACGACGACUUCCACCACGACAACCAGUACGACUCCUAAACCUACCACGGCCACAAAGCCUACAACCACUACGACUACAACGACCGCAAGGCCUACAACUACUACAACUACAACGACCAGAAAGCCUACAACCACUACGACAUCAACGACAACGACGACUCCUGCUCCCACUACAACGUUCAGGAGCUCAUCCUUUGUAACGACCACUAAACCAUCAAGGAGAAACUCACAAACUGACCAAUUGGAAUCGAAUCUUAAACUUCUUCAGCAAUUCCUAGCAGCAAAUCAAAGGGAUAUUGCAGCUACUAAGGCAGUUACGCAACCUACGACGGUUGCCAGGAGUUCCCCUACAACAACAAGAACAACAACAACAACAACAAGAAGCACUACGAAAAUGACUACUCCCAGACCUACAACCACGACCACGACUACAACGACCACUCCAAGACCUACAACCACUGCCACCACCAUACGCACGACGGUUCGUCCGAAAUCGUUGGACAACAGUCGUCCCAGUCAGAAUUCGCUCUUCGUUCCGACUACUCAGCGGCCCAGAACCACAACCUAUUCUGAUAAUGACGAUUUGGCAUUCCUGCGUCAAUUGGCAAAAUUCCUGAAUGGAGGUCAAACUCCGGGCCAGACUACCAGGCGGACUACGAAGAGGCCUAAAACUACAACCACGACUUCAACCACCACCACCACUACCACAACGACAACCACAACCACUCCGAGGCCAACAACAACAACUCCUCGGCCAACAACGACCGUGCCUUUGAGCACGAUAAUUGUCGAUAAGGAUGAUGAAGAUUUCCUGAACGACGUGCGUAAACUACCGAACUUCGCUACGCCCAAUCCAUUGGUGGACAGCUCCCUGGCAAACCGAAUCCUGCAGCUGGCGAUCAACCGUGACCCCAAGAGUAUUCCAAUUGGAGACCAGUUUAACGGUAUUGCUACGACUCAGAAACCACCAACGCUAUCACCCGUGGAAGUUGAACAGACCAAGAAACAGCUCGAUAAUGAGCUGCAAUCGUACAACAACGAUCUCCGUCUCUUGUCUAGCCUUUUGGGGCGCCCCAUAAGUAGUAAGGAUCUUCCUACACUCACCAAACAAUUAGCUCCGGCUCCCAGAACUACCACGACUUCAACAACCACCACAACCCGUCGUCCGCCGUCAGUGGAUCCACUUGUUCUCCAGCAGCUCCUUCUGAAGCAACAGCAACAGCACAACUCUAGUCCCGCUGUAGGUGAAUCCACGGAACUGUACGGAAAAUCCAACGAAGCUAUCCUCGCAAACGUCCUGAAGCAACGGGGAAUCGGACCGGCCAAUACCAAUGCCAACUUAGAGGAGAUUCUGGCCAAGAUUUCACCUCGCAGCAAUAGAAACCAGGUGCCGACUGUGCAACCGAUUAUCACAACGGCUCGGCCACGUCCACGAGUCGUUCGACCUCCGGAGCUACCACCGGUGCGAUCCUCCCGACCGAUUCUUGACAGUCUAUCUUGGUUGUGGCGCGAGUGGCAGGCUACCGCUCCACAAACUCGGCCGCGAACUCCCGGAUCAUCGCUGAUUGCUUCGCCCCCACCGGCCAGUACGUUCGGCCUGAGUGGCGGUGUUGGAGGCGGUGGACGGCAGCCACAGUCACAAUCCUUCCGCGACGAAGGACUGGAUCCGGAUGCCAAACCCAUCAACCCCAGCGUAACGGAGGAACCGCCAUCGUUGUUCGGUGGAUUCGGCGCGAUCAAUCCAGGUGGGCAGUUGUUGAACGCUGCAAUAGGAGUUACGCGAGCCGUUUCGCAGUUCCUGGGAGUAGCGCUGCAGGGAGCGGCGAAGAGUUUUACGACGGCGUUCCAACCACCGGCUCCACAGGCGGACGAUCUGAGCUACUACAGGUUUAGCGGUAGAUGAACGGCAAACGGGUUAAUAUCUGGUUAACGGGAAUCAAGUCAUAUUUGUUUAGCAAUUAGCUAGCUGUUGUUUUUACUAUGAGAUUUUGCUCAAUGCGAGGCUAAUUCCCAACGACGCAUCGGAAGCGGGGAAGUAGCAGUGCGAAAUUGAGCCGAUGGAGUACGUGAGCGAUUGAGUGAAUGUCUGCGACGAGAAAUUGAGUCCAUAGGAUGGUGUACUGAUAAGACUGUGAAUUUUACGAUUAAAGCCUAUUUAUUUUUGUUCUUGGUCACAAUGCUUACUCGUAAUCUAUCUAGAAUUCCACGUAUUAAAAAAAAAGAACUAUCAAUCGCAAACACCUGUUAACGAAACGAGUCCUAAAAUGUGAUAAUGCUUGCAUUCCACGCCACAUGAAGUUAGUUUUGGAAAACACAAUUUAAUUUAUAUCAUUCUCAUACGUAUUGCUGUUUUAAUCGUCAUUCGGGUUAAUCGCUUCGACAAUCGAUUGUGCCAUCUACCGGGAGGAUUGGCUAAAGAGGCACGUCUUGUUAUUUUAAAAUUUACGUGGUAUAGUUAGGCUAAAUGCGCUCACUUCGCUCGAGUCAACAGCAAAGACGACGGUGGGGUGCGCAAACAGGAACUCGUACUGUGGUGUAGAAUUUUGUAAAUAGUGAAUAAAUAAGAUGAUUUUAGAAAUGAG